CAUGUUCCUUCACAUGGUACAAGAACAUGUUCCUUCAGAUGGUACAAGAACAUGUUCCUUCAGAUGGUACAAGAACAUGUUCCCCAGAUGGUACAAGAACAUGUUCCUCCAGAUGGUACAAGAACAUGUUCCUCCAGAUGGUACAAGAACAUGUUCCCCCAGAUUGUACAAGAACAUGUUCCUUCAGAUGGUACAAGAACAUGUUCCCCCAGAUUGUACAAGAACAUGUUCCCCCAGAUUGUACAAGAACAUGUUCCUUCAGAUGGUACAAGAACAUGUUCCUCCAGAUGUUACAAGAACAUGUUCCUUCAGAUGGUACAAGAACAUGUUCCUCCAGAUGGUACAAGAACAUGUUCCUCCAGAUGGUACAAGAACAUGUUCCUCCAGAUGGUACAAGAACAUGUUCCUCCAGAUGGUACAAGAACAUGUUCCCCCAGAUGGUACAAGAACAUGUUCCCCCAGAUUGUACAAGAACAUGUUCCUUCAGAUGGUACAAGAACAUGUUCCCCCAGAUUGUACAAGAACAUGUUCCUUGAGAUGGUACAAGAACAUGUUCCUCCAGAUGGUACAAGAACAUGUUAGCCCAGAUGGUAAAAGAACAUGUUCCUUCAAAUGGUACAAGAACAUGAUGUUCCUCUAG